AUGGCCUCUACAAACCCAUACGUAUCCCAAAUCGCUUUGGCCACCGACCCCACAAACACUGAUCAGAGUCUAAUCUACGAUAUCACGGAUAGAGUAAAGGCAGAGGGAAGCUCAGGAGCAAAUCAAGUAGUCGCUGCUCUUAAACGCCGACUAGACUACCCGGAGAAUGGCAUAAAGCGACGGGUCCUUGAGAUCCUCGGUCCUCUCAUUAUAGAAUGCGGCUCGGAGCUCCAUAAAGCACUCAUCGAUGCACAAUUCUUUGCUUCACUUGCGAAUAUCCAAGAUGAAGAGUUUAAUGCAGCCUUGCUAGAACAAGUUCCCCAGUGGAAAAAGGAAAUGAUGGAAGAGUAUCAUGCAGACUUGGAUAGGCAAUUAUCCCGUAGGAACGCCGGAAGUCUCAUUUCUCGUGGGGUUUCCGGUUUAGGCAAGGUAUGCUUUAUUCAUUACCGAAAUCAGGCCCUCUCUUACAAAGAUACCAUUCACAUUGCACGACAAGCGUUGCACUUGGUUAUCCGCCUAAACGAUACAGUGAAUCAAUCAGAAGGUCCUGACCUCGACCAGGAACAAGAGAGAAUUGAUCUCGAAGACCAGCUAAUGGACCUUGAGGAUGAAGUUGAAGAGUGGAUAGCGGAAGGAUCCUCCGAUGACUACAAGGAUCGCUUGCCUGCUAUCGCGAAGCAGUAUGAUACCUUCUUCUCUAAACGAUUCUAUUUUAAAUUGCGCACCUACGACGAGAGAACCCUGACGCUCAAGUUGUGGAGGGAAAGGAUGGGAUCCUCUGGGGAAGGAGACGACCAAUCUGAGGCAUACAUCGAGAGCGUACAUACGAGCCCUGCCUUGUCUCAACACCGAGAGCCUAUUCCAAUAGAAAAGGACCUUUCUCUCAACCAGGUCAAUAUAAGCCUUGAUCCAUCGAGACAAACCGCCGUAGAAGGCUCGACCAUAGCUUCCACAUCAAAAUCGGCCACAGAUGAGAUUGAGCGUGCUAGGGAAUUUAGACAACGUGAAGCCGAACAAGGAAAUCAAGAACAAAACUUCACCUGUCCGGUCCCAGGAUGCGGGAAAUCCUUCGAAAAACAAUAUCUAUUAAAACGUCAGCCUUUCCUUUGCAUUUUGAUACCCGUGUUGCUAAACAAAUACCUGUUUAGAUCAUAUUCGUGA